CACCACCAAUACCAUCUCCUCUCUCUCUUUCUCGAGCCCCUACUUUCUUUUAAGUUUUAACCGCUGCCAAAUACCCUAAAGGGCUUUCCCUUGUUGUCUGUACCUGCUAGACUGGUUCCCUCCCUUCUCUCCAUUUACUUUGAUGAUCUCAAGCCAGUAGCUUGUCAAGAGUUAAUCACCCCUAAAACCAUUUUAGCAGAAGCCAAGAGGGGGGAAAAGAAAAGGGCUUUCCCUCCUCCUUGUUCAUUUCUUUUUGAAGAGUAGUCUCACUCCUUUUGCUUCAGCUUUUUAGCUAAACCAGAAGGACUUCUGUCUCCCCACAUUCUCUGCUAUAGUGCUAAGCCAUUUUUAGUCUGAUACAAAGGUUAGAUAGGAUCACCACCAAAGCCUCUUCUCUCUUUGACAAAGAAAGUUUCUUCUUCUUUUUCCUUUGUGUUCUUUUAAACAAAAACUAACUUUCUGGUAAUGCAUUUUUAACUCUACAACUUUUCUUUCAUGUUUCCCUAGCCAAGAAAUGAAAUGGGUUGCUCUAUAUCUUCUCCCAGAACCAAAUUUCUAGCAGAAAAUCACUUCUUUUGCAAAAGAUGAACUCGGACAACCCGAAACAUCUUCAAAAGCAACAUUUUCUGCUCUACAUGUAUAAAACCAUUGCUGAAAACUACAUAAAACCCAUUUUGGCCCAACCGCGCCUCCUUUUUAUCCCUAAAGAAUACAUAGAUUCUCUCAAAAAACCACCUUUCUCUCUUUACAUUCUUCCAUUUCUCUAAAGGCAGCAUCCACGCCUAUAUAGAAGCCAACACACACAGAGAAGACACUUUCAGCUUUAACAAAGUGAAACAAUGGGAUGUGUUGCUUCUAAGCUAGAAGAAGAAGAGGUUGUAUCUAUCUGUAGAGAGAGGAAACGCCAGUUGAAGCUUGCUGUAGAGAGAAGACAUGCACUAGCAGAAGCACAUUGUAGAUAUUGUCAAUCUCUCUAUGCAGUAGCAGCAGGCAUAAAGCUUUUUGUAGCUAGACAUUCUUCUCCAACUUCACCAUUUCUCAUUACUUUCCCUUCUUGCCCAUCUCCACCAUCAAAUGAGCAGCAAAAUGUUAUAACAAACCCAAUGUUUCUUCAACAAAGACCAUCUGAGUCAACAACUCAUGAAGAAGCCAUCGCUUGCGAGUCUUGUGGUUCUUCAACAUCUUCUUCUGAUUCUAGUGAUCAUGAGGAAGAGAGUAAUAAAGAAGAAGUCAUGCAGAGAGAGGAGCGUGGUCAACAAAGUUUUGGGUACUAUUAUAUGCAAAUGCCGCUGCCGCCACAAUCACCACAGAGGGAUUUUGGGUGGGAUUUCUUUAACCCUUUUGACACUGCCAUGAGACCAGAGAUUAUGGGCGCUUACACGAGAACUUCUGAUGAUGAUUUGAGGUUUGUGAGAGAACAGGAAGGGAUUCCUGACCUAGAAGAAGAAGGAGAUAGAGAAGAAGAGGAAGCGAAAAAUGUGGUGUUUGUUGAAGAGAAAGGAAAAGGAGAUCUUGGGGAGAGUGGGGGUAAUGUGGUUAAGGUAGUUGAUGGAGGUGGUGAUGACAGCCAAGAAAAGCAAAAUGGGCUUACAGUAAUUGAUAAGCCAGAGAGAGGGAGGGAGUUAUUGGAGGCAUUGAAGGAUAUCGAGGACCAUUUCAUUAGGGCUUAUGAUUCUGGCAAGGAUGUUUCAAGGAUGCUUGAGGCUAAUAAAGUUUUUUUGCAUUCUGGCUUGGAGGAAAUUAAAGAGAACUCAACAAAACUAAUCCAAGCCAUUGCAUGGCAUCGGUCGACUUCAUCAAAGCCAUCAUCAUGUAAGAGCCUUGUAGCAUCCAGUUUGAAAGGUUCUUCUACCUGGACAGAGUAUAAAAAUGAUCUCUUUGAUGAUUAUGGAGGAAUGGAUUCAGGAAGCCAUUCACUUACACUUGGAAGGUUGUAUGCUUGGGAAAAGAAGCUCUAUGAAGAGGUUAAGGCAGGGGACAGUACACGAAAAAUAUAUGAAAAAAAGUGUUCACGAAUGAGAAACCAGGAUGUCAGGGGAGAUGAUGAACUCACCAUAGAUAAGACCAGAGCAGCAGUAAAAGAUUUAUAUGCUAGGAUCUUGGUUGCAAUUCGAAGUGCUGAGUCAAUAUCUAAGAGAAUUGAGAAACUAAGAGAUGAAGAACUGCAGCCUCAAAUCGUAGAACUGCUAAAAGGCCUAACGCACACCUGGAAGAUUAUGUUGGAAUCCCAUGAAACCCAGAACAAAAUUCUACUUGAAGUAAAAACUUUCGCUAGCCCCACAUAUGGAAAAUUCUGCAAUGAUUCGCACCGGCUUGCGACACUUCAGCUUGAGGCUGAGCUUCUGAAUUGGCGUGCAUGCUUUGAAGAGUAUGUUGCAGCACAAAAGGCAUACGUGGAAGCUCUCCAUAGUUGGUUAAGCAAGUUCGUAGUCCCUGAGGUUGAAUUCUACUCCCGGGGCAGGAGUUCAGCAGCGCCGUAUCGAGCAUUUGGUCCCCCAUUACUCGUGAUCUGCCAUGAUUGGUUGUCUUCUGUGGAUAAGUUACCAGAUAAGGCAGUAUCGUUCGCGUUGAAAAGCUUCUCAAAAGAUGUAAGGGCUUUGUGGGCUCAGCAAGGGGAGGAACAACAACAGAAGAGGAAAGUUGACAGCCUAGCGAAAGAACUUGACAGAAGAAACCUGUCAUUCCAGAAGGUAGAGAACAGGUUUCACGAAUCCAAACUUCUAGAGUAUAAACCUGAGCAAGAGACAGAACACCAGCAUGAGCACCUGACUGAGAAGAAAGAUCAGCUGGACAUGUUUAGGAAGAAGCUGGAUAUAGAAAAGGAAAAACACCACAACUACGUGCAAGAAACACAAAGGAUCACGCUGAGUGGAUUUCAGACACGAUUUUCAACGGUUUUUGAGUCCUUAACGGAGUUCUCUAAGGCUUCUAUGAAGAUGUACAAUGAUCUUGUGAAUCAUAGUGAAAAUAAUGCCGGUAAAAUGGAGAAGCAAUCUUUUAUAGGGGACUCCCUGGCUGAAGAAAAUGGCAGCAGGUGACAGAAAAAGGCUGCAAUGGACCUCGAUCAUCUCCCAUUUCAUGUAUGGUUGGUAUAUACACUGUUGAAGCAGCUCGCUGAGACAACUUUAGAUUUCUAUGGUACCAGGUUUUUGUAGCAAUGAAUUCCUGAUUGUUUUUCGUCAAUUGGAGUUGUAUUGCCUGCUUUUUUUUAGAGACCUGUAAAACCUUUUGUUUUCUAGCCUCGUUCUUGAUAUUCAUAUCAAGAAGUGCCGAGGUAAAAUUCCAAGUGGGCAGUCAUUGUAAUUAUUUACAGUUUGGUGUAGACCCGAUAAAUGUCAGGUUUUUGUUGAUA